GUGACGUCACGCGGCUCCCGGUCACGCGGCUGCCCCGGAAGCGCCAGGAGCGGCGGAGGCGGGAGCGGAGCGGAGCGGACCGCGCCCAUGUCGGGCUUCGACACCAACCCGUUCGCCGACCCGGUGGACAUCAACCCCUUCCAGGACCCCUCGGUGACACAGCUCACAAACACCAGCCAAAGUGGCUUGGAUGAGUUCAACCCCUUUUCCGAGAGCUCCCAGCUGACGAAUGCGGCGCGGACGACGCCGGCGGCGCAGCCCUCGGGCCACUCGCAGCCGGCCGUUCUGCAGACGUCUGUGGAGCCCACUCCACAGGCCGUGGCUGCAGCGGCACAGGCAGGGCUGCUCCAGCAGCAGGCAGAGCUAGAGAGGAAGGCUGCUGAGCUGGAGAAGAAGGAAAGGGAGCUGCAGAGCCACGCAGCCAGUAUCGACCCGAGGCAGAACAACUGGCCGCCUCUUCCCAAGAACUGUCCCAUCAAGCCGUGCUUCUAUCAGGAUUUUUCCGCAGACAUCCCAGCUGACUACCAGCGGAUAUGCAAGAUGCUCUAUUACUUGUGGAUGUUGCAUUCCAUCACCCUGCUCCUGAACCUGCUCGCUUGCCUGGCGUGGUUCACAGUCGACAAUAGCAGAGGAGUAGACUUCGGUCUCUCGAUUCUGUGGUUAAUUUUAUUCACCCCUUGUGCCUUUCUCUGUUGGUACCGACCAAUUUACAAGGCUUUCAGGUCUGACAGCUCCUUCAGCUUCUUCAUCUUCUUUUUCGUCUUCUUCUGCCAAAUAGCAAUCUACAUCAUCCAGGCUGUCGGAAUUCCUGGCUGGGGAGACAGCGGCUGGAUCGCGGCGCUGUCGGAGGUGCAUGGGAACCUGGCCGUGGCGGUGAUCAUGAUGGUGGUGGCAGCGUUCUUCACGCUCUGCGCCGUCCUCUCCCUCUUCCUCCUCAAGCAGGUGCAUUCCCUGUAUCGGCGCACAGGAGCCAGCUUCCAAAGGGCCCAGGAAGAGUUUUCCCAAGGCAUCCUCACCAACAGGAGCUUCCAGAACGCAGCGGCCGGGGCGGCCUCCUCAGCUGCACAGAGUGCUUUCCGGGGAAACUAGCCCUUCCCAGGAAAACCAGCCCUUCCCAGGCUGCCUCCCUCUCGCUUCCUCUGCCCUCGUCUCCCCAACCUUCAUUUUUUUUUUUUUUUUUUUUUUCUAAAAAUGCACUUUUUGGGGGUACCAUGUGAGCUCUGUGAUGCCAACACUCCUGAUGAGAAGAGGUUUUUUGGCUUCAGCUGAGCUACGGUUUUGAUGAUUGGUUUUCCCUGUCUUGUUUUUGGGUGUGGGGACAUGGGGGAAGACAUUCUCUGAGGCAAAUAUUCCUCUCUCCAGGACCUUCCGGGUGUUUGUCUAUUCCUCCCCUCACUCUGUCUGUAGCAGGAAGAUGAGGGGAAGCAGGUUUUUGAUUUUAGUCUCUCUCUUCUCUCGGCCUUUGCUACGAAGAAUUUGAUUAUCUGCUGUUUUGGGAGGGUUUUGUAACGUGCAUGUAGUUUAUGUCGUUAAUUUUAAGAACAGAAACUGUACUGUUGGUUUAUUACACUCACACAAUGCUGUAUUUUGACCUCAUAACUGCUCGGCUUCCUGAGAGCCAGAAUAACGUGGCAUGAAGGAAAAUCUGGGAGCAAGGGGGAGUGUGGGGGGAUGUAUUUCUCCUGGUCCCCCCAGGGCUCAUCCCUUGCUUCCAUGAGGAUCCUGCAGGUGACAGCCCUGGGCACAGAGAGGGGGAGAAGGGAUCAGUGGGGGCUGAGUCUUCUCAGUGACUCAAAACCAGGGCAGGGAGGGGAAAAGGGAUUUUGGUUUAGCUCCCAGCUCUGAGUUGGGGCAGCUGAGGACACCGGGCCACACAGUGCCUGUGACGCCCUUCUCCAGCUAACCUUGAAUGAGUCUUUCUCCGGGAAGGCUCCUCCCUGCCUUCCUCCUCACGAGUUUAAUAUUUUUUUAGCUGGGAAGGAACUGGUUUGAUGUGUGUUCAGCUGCAGCCCGAGGUGGGAUGUCCCUUGGGAUGCGGGUGAGGCGCAGGGGUGGAUGGGGGCAGAUUCGCACCUCUCCCUCCUUCAGCCCCGUGUUUUGGGUGUCGGGGAGGGGGUUUAAUGCAAAUUUGGCUUUGUGGUGCCCCUUUGCCAGGAUGGGGGUUGUAUUAGGCCCCCAUCCUUUGCUGGCCAGGGGCGGCGGCGGGGGGGGCGCUGGGAUACAGAAAUCAGCAUUUUUACACCCUUUUCCUCCUCUACUGUUGGGUUUUUCUCCCCGCGUCUGAUCUUUUAAUGUGUAAAAAAUUAUUAAUAAAAAAAUGUUCACGUGGUCCAGA